UUUGAAAUAUAGAUGAAAUUUUCCUUGAAGGCCUCUAGAAAGUAUAAUUUAUCGUUGUAGGAUCUAUACUACUUUCGCUUGAUGUUGUUUUGGGAAGAUUCGAAGCCCCGCGGGUUCGAAUUUUAGAGGAAAAUGUCCGAGGUUCCACAAGAAGAAGCUGCAAGAUCAAGAGCUGCUUCACCUCCCAGUGGCGAAGUUGCCCCUCCGUUGAUCUCAAAUGCAAAAGAUGAAGAAGCAAAGAAAGGCCCGAAACGCCGAGGUGCUCCCAGAUCGGCGGGAAGAACGGCGGCAAAUGCUGGCCCGCAGAAGAAAACAGUCACACUGGUUACAGGGUCCGAAGCUAUGAAGGAAAGACAAAAGCAGGCCAAAGCCCUCAAGGAGCAUCGAAAAAUGACGAUGGAUUCUAGGCACAACUUUAUACUAUCCAAGAUCAGUGACUACAUUGGGGUAGAUGGUGCUGUUGUUGAGGAUUUCAUCUUGGGAGAUGAUAAGUUUGACCAAAUUGAAGACUUCUUUGCUGCAGAUGGAUCAAGAAAACUUAUGUUUUUCUAUCAGGAAUGCACUAUAAACAGAGUUGAUCUUAGUUCACAAGCAGCAAAUUCUCCCAGGAAACUCUUCAUUACAGGAGGGAAUACAGAGGAACUCUGUGGCACCUGCCUUAUGUUUAUCCGUGCAACAAACAAGGCAAUUACUAUACAGAACAUUGCUCAGGAGGUGAACUUCAUGCCCAUGGAGACUUCCAAAGGUGAUGUUUUAGAGGGAUUUCAGAAACUUCUUGGAAGUAUCCUGGUUCCUGUACUCCAGAAACAAGAGAAUUGGGGUGAGCUUCCAAAUAGCUGUGGGCAAGUGCAAGAAUUUCUUGAGUCCCUCGAAAAGUUUGUUGGAAUUUUGGGUGGAGCAAGAAGCAGUAUGAAAGGAAGGGUUCAUCUUGGGGACCAUGAUUUAGGACCACUUCUUGAUGGACUAAGGACUCCUACAGAUUAUGUGCUUGCAGCCAACAAUCCAGAUGUUUUGGACAAACUUGAAGGUCUUGUUGCCUUGUGGUCCAAAGUUAUUGAACAAGUUCUAGCUGAGAGUGAACAAAUGAGGAAAGAAGCUGAUGAUAUUGGCCCCACAGCUGAACUUGAACACUGGAAAGAGAGAAUGGCCAAGUUUAAUGUCCUUCUUGAUCAGGUGAAAAGUCAUCACUGUAAGGCCACUGUAGGAGUUCUGCAUGCAGCAAAGUCAAGAAGUUUGAAACACUGGAAAGAACUGGAUAGCAAAAUCACAGAUGCUGCUAAUGAGGCCAAAGACAAUGUGAAAUACUUGUACACUCUGGAUAAAUUUUUUGGACCUUUAAUCAAGUGCUCUCCGACAGAGAUGGUAGAACACAUUCCCAGCUUAAUGAAUGCCAUCCGAAUGAUUCACAGUAUCUCUCAGUGCUACAACACAUCAGAAAGAAUGACAUCUCUCUUUGUCAAAGUCACAAACCAAAUGAUAACAACUUGCAAGGCUUAUAUCAACCGAGAUGUCAUGAAGAUAUGGGAACAUCCAAGGGAGGUUUUAUCAGGAAGAUUGAAUGAGUGUAUCAGACUCAAUGAGGAGUAUCAGAGGUGCUUUCACCGAACCAAACAAAAGCUUAGAGAAAAUCCCAGUGAAAGACAGUUUGAAUUCAGUGAGAAUUAUAUUUUUGGAAAAUUUGAUGCAUUUUGCAAGAGGCUGGAAAAGAUCAAUGACAUGUUAAACACAAUGGAGACUUUUGCAGGGGUCAAUAACAUCAAAAUUGAGGGCAUGGAGACAAUGAUAGUUCGUUACAACUCUAUUGUGACAAGUGUAAAGAAGAAAGGUUAUGACUUGCUGGAUCACAGAAAAGGAGAGUUUGACAUUGAUUAUGAAGAAUUCAAACAAAGCAUUGAAGGACUAAAACUGCAGUUGCAGAUGUUUGUAGACUCCUGGUUUGAGAAACCUCUAUCUACCCUUAGGGCUCUUGAACUUCUGCAAAAAUUCCAGAAUAUUGGAGGAGUUCAGUUGGAUCUUCAUGACAAGUAUCAGAGGAUUUUGAUGCAAUAUGGGAGGGACCUUGAGACAUGCAAAAAGCUUUAUCAAAAGCAGAAAAAUGACCCACCUAUUCUUCGUAAUCUUCCACCAGUUGCAGGAAAAAUAACCUGGGCCCGACAGCUUUUUAGGAGAAUUCAUGAACCAAUGAAGGUGUUCAAGACAUACCCAGAAAUCUUAAAGGGAGAAGAUGCAAAAAGAAUCAUUCGCAAUUACAACAAGAAUGCGGCUGUGCUGGUAGAAUUUGAGUUGCUGUAUCAUCGUGGAUGGUUCAAAGCAGUUGAAGCUGCUAAGAGUGGUUUAAAUGCAUCACUGCUUGUGCGACACCCAGAGACCAAGAAACUCUUCGUGAACUUUGAUCCACAAAUCCUUGAGUUGAUUCAGGAGGCCAAAUGUAUGCGAAGGCUAAACCUCGAGAUACCCGAGGCUGCGCAAGUUAUGUGCAUGAAAGAGGAACAAUUCAAAACUUGCAACAACAGGCUCCAAGAGGUUUUAAAGGAGUACGACUCAGUCGUCUCAGGGAUCCCAGAAAAUGUGUUGCCUCUGAUGAAGCCAUUCACCGACCGUGUUGACGAAACGAUCAAACCUGGACUGACUAUGUUGAACUGGACUUCCCUAAAUGUUCAUUCUUAUAUCAACAGCAUUCAAAAGUCCGUGAAGGGACUUGAAAUUCUUACGAAAGGGGUGAAAGACAUGCUUGACUGUCGAAUAGAAGCAGUUUUGCAAGAUAUUGAGUUAACACGGCUGUGUGAUCUGCCAGAAGAUGAGGCUGUUACUGUGGAGGAUUUUGUUGCUGUUACUGAGAAAACAUGUCAAGAGUCUGCCGAAUCUUUGUCCAAGUACAACCAUCUUGUAGAAUCAUCAGUAAACAUCCUUCUUCAAACUCUUAAAGACAACUUGAGGCCAAACGAAUUAACAGGCCUUGAUAAAGAAAACUACCCCUGUCUGUACCCGGAGUCAAAACAGGCCAAGAACAACAAAGGAAACAGGUGCUGGGAAUGUAUGCCUUGCUGCUAUUGGAGCUUGUUCAUCUUUUUCAAUCAAAGAUGCAUUGAAGCUUUGGUUAAAUCGAAAAGACAAUCAUUGGAUGCCAUCAAGAGGCGAAUGCAAGCAGCCAGUAAACACAGCAAGGAUUUGUCUGACUCAGAUGCCAAGUCCCCGGCACUGUUUAAGGCUGACAUCGUGUUGGAGAUCCCUUCAAUUGUAAUGAAACCCAGCUUAGAUGACAUUCAGCAGGCUUUAAACAAAACUGUACAGAUUAUGCUGAAAACAACUCAGAACGUCUAUGAAUGGGAACAACACGGAGUCAUCCAUCAGCCUCCCAUCAUUGUUGCUGAAGAAGGAAAAGUUCUUCCUCCUCUGGCACCCAAGUCUCUUUACAAGCUGGUGUCUGAACACAAAGACGUAACAAAGGUGAUCAUUACUUUGAGUUCAGUUGUAAGCUCAUUAAAAAUGGAUGCCACGAAGAUUUUGGACGAGAUGGACCAAUUUAAAGAGCUGUGGAACCAGGAUCCCAACACCAAAGUGAAAGAGUUCAUGGAGUCCAAACCUUUGUUAUCAGACUUUGAUGCCCAGAUCAAAUAUUACCAGCGUCUGGAGACUCAGAUUGAAGAGCUACCCGGAAGUUAUCACAUUGGUCCUGUUGAGUAUCUUACAGACAGGAUCAAAGAAGCUUUGGUCACAGAAACUAAAGCCUGGAAGCAAGCAUUUGGAAAAGCACUGGCGGAGAAGGCAAGUGCAGAUAUGGAAGAAAUUUUCCUGUUCAUUGACAACCUGAACAAGAGACUCGCUCGUGGUAUUAAGGAUCUUGAUGACGUGAGAAGCAGCAUGGCCGCUCUCAGUGAGAUCAGAGAAUCGGAGAUAAGGAUCGACAUGACAAUCGGUCCAAUCGAGGAAUCAUUUGCCAUGAUGAAUCGAUAUGGGUUGGUAUAUUCUAGCAGUGAUGCUGAAAGAGUUGACGGUCUUACUUACGCGUGGCGUAAAUUACAUGCACAGGCUGGUACUGUGGCCAGUCACCUGCUGCAGAUCCAACCCACAUUUAAGUCGGAUCUCUUGGAUGGUGUGGAAAAGUUUAAAGCGAUGGUUACUACAUUUGUUCUGGAAUACAACGAAAAAGGCCCCAUGGUUUCUGGGAUUCCACCAAGGGAAGCCAGCGAUCGCCUGGGAAUUUUCCAGGCUCGGUUUGAUGAGCUUUGGAGAAAGUAUGAAACAUACUCGGGUGGCGAGGAGCUGUUUGGUCUGACUGUCACCGAGUAUCCGAACUUGCAGAGAAUCCGAAAGGAACUGGGACUACUUCAGAAGCUUUACAGCUUGUACAACGCUGUCAUCGAGAACGUGAACGGCUAUUAUGAUAUCCUGUGGCAAGAAAUUGACAUUGAAAAGAUAAACAACGAACUGCUGGAAUAUCAGAACAGGAUUCGUAAACUACCUAAAGCUCUCAAGGAGUGGCAAGCCUUCCUGGAUCUGAAGAAGACCAUUGACGAUUUCAGCGAGUGUUGUCCCCUUCUCGAGAUGAUGGCGCACAAGGCUAUGAAACAAAGACAUUGGGAAAGAAUUUCAACCAUUACUGGUGUCACGCUUGACGUAGAAUCGGAAACGUUCCAGUUGAGACAACUGAUGAGCGCACCUCUGUUACCGAACAAAGAAGACAUUGAGGAUGUUUGCAUUGCAGCCGUUAAAGAGCGUGACAUUGACUUUAAGUUGAAGGGUGUGGUGUCUGAAUGGAGCACACAGGUGUUUUCUUUCUCAAACUUCAAAAAUCGUGGCGAGUUGCUCCUCAAAGGAGCCGAGACGUCUGACAUUGUAUCUUUAAUGGAAGACAGUUUGAUGAUCCUUGGCUCUCUUCUAAGCAACAGGUAUAAUGCUCCGUUCAAAGCUGAAAUCCAAAAGUGGGUGGCAAAACUAACGGGAUCCACGGAGAUUAUCGAGAAUUGGCUUGUGGUGCAAAACUUGUGGGUAUACUUGGAGGCAGUGUUUGUUGGUGGGGACAUCGCUAAACAGUUACCUCAGGAAGCGAAACGUUUCAGUCAGAUUGAUAAAUCAUGGGUGAAGAUCAUGAGCCGGGCACACGAGAACUCCAACGUAGUGCAAUGCUGCAUGGGCGAUGACACUCUUGGACAACUGCUUCCUCACAUUCUGGAACAGCUUGAGAUUUGUCAGAAAUCUCUGAGCGGCUACCUUGAAAAGAAACGACUUGUGUUCCCACGUUUCUUCUUCGUGUCCGACCCCGCCCUACUGGAAAUCUUGGGACAGGCCAGCGACUCUCAUACCAUCCAGGCUCAUCUGCUGGGAGUGUUCGACAACGUGAAAACUGUCACGUUCCACGAAAAGGAAUAUGACAAAAUUCUGGCCAUCAACUCGCGCGAAGGGGAGUCUGUUACUUUGGAGAACCCAGUCAUGGCUCAGGGUAACGUGGAAGUGUGGCUAAACACACUGUUGAAAGAAUCAGGGACUUCAUUGCAUUCAGUUAUUCGAACUGCUUCAAUCGCUAUCAAGGAUACUAGUUUUAAGCUCAAAGAUUUCUUGGAUACUUACCCGGCACAGGUCGGUUUGCUUGGAAUCCAGAUGAUUUGGACUAGAGAUGCUGAAGACUCGUUGACUUACGCUAAAUCCAACAAAAAGAUCAUGGAUGAAAGAAACCAGUUUUUCCUGAACAUGUUAAACGAGUUGAUCGAGGUAACCACGCAGGAACUGACCAAAGUGGAACGUGUCAAGUUUGAAACUCUCGUCACCAUUCAUGUUCAUCAAAGGGACAUUUUUGAUGAAUUGUGCCGCAAGAAUAUCAAGGUACCGACAGAUUUUGAAUGGCUGAAACAGUCACGCUUCUACUUCCGUGAGGAGACUGAUGAGUGUGUGGUGUCCAUUACUGAUGUGGAUUUUGUUUAUCAAAAUGAAUUCUUGGGAUGUACCGACAGGCUUGUCAUUACGCCUUUGACUGACAGGUGUUACAUCACUCUGGCCCAGGCCCUCGGAAUGUCAAUGGGUGGUGCCCCUGCAGGGCCGGCGGGUACUGGAAAGACAGAGACAACUAAGGACAUGGGCAAAGCUUUGGGUAAAUUUGUAGUCGUUUUCAACUGCUCGGAUCAGAUGGACUACCGUGGUCUGGGUCGAAUCUACAAAGGUUUGGCGCAGUCUGGAAGCUGGGGCUGUUUCGACGAGUUCAAUCGCAUCGAGCUACCUGUACUGUCCGUGGCCGCUCAACAAAUUCACGUUGUGCUCACGUGCAAGAAAGAGAGGAAGAAGAUGUUUAUUUUCACGGAUGGCGAUGAAGUUGAUAUGGAUCCAGAGUUCGGUAUCUUUUUGACCAUGAACCCAGGCUAUGCCGGGCGCCAAGAGCUGCCAGAAAAUUUGAAGAUCAUGUUCCGCACAGUAGCGAUGAUGGUACCUGACAGACAGAUCAUUAUCCGUGUCAAGCUUGCUGCCAGUGGUUUUAUCAGAAAUAUCAACUUAUCCCAGAAAUUCUUCACUUUGUAUAAACUGUGCGAGGAACAGCUCACCAAACAGGUGCAUUACGAUUUCGGUCUUCGGAACAUUUUGUCUGUGCUCAGGACUCUUGGAGCAGUGAAAAGAGCCAAUCCAGAGGAUAGUGAAGAUCGUAUUGUGAUGCGAGUGUUGCGUGACAUGAACUUGAGCAAGCUGGUCGACGAAGAUGAACCACUGUUCAUGAGUUUGAUUGACGACUUGUUCCCAGGCCUUACUCUAGACAAAGCGGGAUACCCGGAUAUUGAACAAGCCAUUGCUGACGCUGUCGAGGAAGUUAAACUUGUUAAUCACGCACCAUGGACACUCAAACUGAUUCAGCUCUAUGAAACUCAGCGCGUCCGUCAUGGUAUGAUGGCCCUGGGUCCCAGUGGUGCUGGAAAGACCAAAUGUAUAAACAUUCUGAUGAAAGCCAUGACACAGUGUGGUGCACCGCACAAAGAGUACCGCAUGAAUCCUAAGGCAAUCACUGCUCCUCAAAUGUUUGGUCGACUGGAUGUCUCCACCAAUGAUUGGACCGACGGAAUCUUUUCCACGCUUUGGAGACGAACCCUAAGGGCAAAGAAAGGAGAGCAUAUAUGGAUUGUUUUAGACGGUCCUGUGGACGCUAUCUGGAUUGAAAAUCUGAACAGUGUGUUGGAUGACAACAAAACACUAACCCUGGCUAAUGGUGAUCGAAUUCCAAUGGCGCCAAACUGCAAGGUUGUGUUUGAACCCCAUAACAUUGACAACGCUUCACCUGCCACGGUUUCAAGAAAUGGUAUGGUUUAUAUGAGUUCAUCUGCGCUGGAUUGGAGACCUAUUUUACAGGGAUGGUUAAACACACGUCCUCAACUCGAGGCUGAUGUGCUCUUCUCUCUGUUUGAGAGUGUGUUCGAUGAACUGAGGACAUUUGUUAUUCAGAAUUGUGUGCCAAAGAUGGAGGUACUUGAGUGUAACAACAUCGUUCAAGCCAUGAACAUUCUUGAAGGUUUGAUUCCGGGCGAGGAUGCCCCAAAACAAGUCGAUGCGAGCCAUUUGGAAAAAUUGUUUGUGUUUUCUCUCAUGUGGAGUGUCGGAGCUCUGCUUGAGCUUGAAGAUCGUAAGAAGAUGGAAGGAUUUUUGAGUGGAAAAGGUAGCCUCAAUUUACCUCCAGUUGAAGGACAAGACACAAUUUUUGAAUAUCUGGUGAACGAGCAAGGAGAAUGGGAACAUUGGUCACAAAGGGUUCCUGUCUAUGAAUAUCCGAAGACUACCAUACCAGAGUACGCUUCUAUUUUGGUUCCUAAUGUGGAUAACACUCGAACUGACUACCUUAUCCACGCUUUGGCCAAACAGGGCAAGGCUGUGCUAUUGAUUGGUGAACAGGGCUCAGCUAAGACAGUUAUGAUGAAGGGUUACUGUAACAAAUAUGACCCAGAACAACAGCUCUUCAAAUCACUCAAUUUCUCCUCUGCAACGACACCCAAUAUGUUCCAGCGAACUAUCGAGAGCUACGUGGACAAACGAAUGGGAACAACUUACGGCCCUCCAGCAGGAAAGAAAAUGACAGUGUUUGUUGAUGACAUCAACAUGCCAAUCAUUAACGAGUGGGGAGACCAGAUUACCAAUGAAAUCGUUCGACAAGUAAUGGAGAUGAAAGGUUUUUACAGUCUUGACAAACCCGGUGAUUUCACCAGCAUAGUUGACAUUCAGUUCGUGGCAGCUAUGAUUCAACCAGGAGGAGGCCGCAAUGACAUUCCAAGCCGCCUUAAACGUCAGUUCACCAUCUUGAACUGUACUCUGCCCGCAAAUGCUUCGAUCGACAAGAUCUUCAGUUCCAUUGGUAGUGGCUACUUUAACACCGAGCGGGGAUUCCCUGCAGAGCUGCAGAAGAUGGUUAAUCCUUUGGUGUCAAGCACGAGGAAGCUUUGGCAGAAAACGAAGAUCAAAAUGCUUCCCACGCCAGCCAAGUUUCACUACAUCUUCAAUCUGCGAGAUCUCAGUAGAAUUUGGCAGGGCAUGCUUACUGUGACAUCUGAGGUAGCGACCACUCCCACAAUUUUUCUUAACCUUUGGAAGCACGAGUGUAACAGAGUCAUUGCCGACCGCUUCACGAAUCAGCAGGAUAAAGAUUGGUUCGAAAAGGCCAUCAAACAGGUUGUGGAAGAAGACUUUGACGCUGAGACUAGCGGCCUGUUGGAGGCAGAACCUUAUUUUGUGGAUUUCAUGCGAGAUGCCCCAGAACCAACAGGUGACGAGCCAGAAGAUGCAGACCUUGAAGCACCAAAAGUGUAUGAACACAUCGGGACAUUGGAAACUCUCAAGGAGCGACUGGGAACAUUCAUGAUCGGCUAUAAUGAAGUGGUUCGUGGAGGCAAUAUGGAUCUUGUCUUCUUCAAGGAUGCUAUGGUACACCUUAUUAAGAUUUCACGUAUCAUUCGCACCCCUCGUGGUAACGCCUUGUUGGUGGGUGUCGGAGGUUCAGGAAAACAAAGCUUGACGCGACUCGCUUCAUUCAUCGCUGGAUACCAAAUCUUUCAGAUCACCUUGACAAGGUCCUACAAUGUCUCAAACUUGAUGGAUGAUCUCAAAGUACUGUACAGGACUGCUGGACAUCAGGGAAAAGGAAUUACUUUUAUAUUCACAGACAACGAAAUAAAAGACGAAGGAUUUUUGGAGUACAUGAAUAACGUGAUAGCGUCAGGAGAGGUAUCUAACCUGUUUGCUCGAGACGAGAUCGAUGAGAUCACUCAGGAUCUUAUCAGCGUAAUGAAAGCUGAGUACCCGAGAAGACCGCCAACCAAUGAAAAUCUUUAUGAUUACUUCAUCACUCGCGUCAAGAACAACCUACAUGUUGUACUUUGCUUUUCACCGGUUGGAGAGAAGUUCCGUAAUCGUUCACUGAAAUUUCCUGGACUGUUUAGCGGUUGCACAAUGGACUGGUUUAGCCGCUGGCCAAAAGACGCGUUGAUCGCAGUGGCCUCGCACUUUCUGUCCUCGUUUGAAAUUGUGUGCACUGCGGAAACAAAAUUGGCUGUCGUCAACACAAUGGGGGUUAUACAGGACAACGUAGCCGAGAUGUGCGUUCAGUACUUUGAGCGAUUCCGUCGGCAGACUCAUGUGACUCCCAAGUCAUAUUUGUCUUUCUUGGGCGGCUACAAAGACAUUUAUAGCUCACAAUACGAGGCGAUUGGUCUUCUUGCGCAACGCAUGAACACGGGAUUGGCAAAACUUGUUGAAGCUAGCGAAUCAGUGGCGAAGCUUUCGGAGGAGCUGGUUGUAAAGGAGAAGGAGCUGGCUGUAGCUUCAAAAAAAGCGGACGUUGUUCUUCAAGAGGUGACAGUCAGCGCCACAGCUGCAGAAAAAGUGAAGUCACAGGUGCAGAAGGUGAAAGACAAGGCUCAGGCUAUCGUAGAUGAAAUCGCGGGAGAUAAAGCGGUUGCAGAGGGGAAGCUCGAGGCUGCUAAACCAGCCUUGGAGGAAGCUGAAGCUGCCUUGCAGACCAUUAAGCCCGCUCACAUCUCCACCGUCAGAAAACUGGCCAAGCCACCUCAUCUGAUUAUGCGCAUUAUGGACUGUGUGCUACUGUUGUUUAACAGAAAAAUUGACCCAGUGACGGCAGAUCCAGAGAAGGCUUGCCUUAAGCCGUCUUGGGGAGAAUCAUUGAAGUUGAUGAGUGGUGGAGGUUUCCUGAACACUUUGCUAACUUUCCCUAAGGAUUCCAUCAAUGAAGAAACAGUUGAGCUGUUGAUGCCUUAUCUUGAAAUGGAGGAUUACACCAUUGAAGUGGCCAAGAAAGUUUGCGGUGAUGUUGCAGGGCUUGCCUCUUGGACUAAAGCAAUGGCUUUCUUCUAUACCAUUAACAAAGAAGUCCUUCCUCUAAAGGCGAAUCUAAUCAUCCAAGAAGCGCGCUUGCAGAAAGCGACAGCGGAGUUGAAUGAAGCGCAGGCGCAGCUGGAUGAGAAACAGCGCGAACUGGAUCUGGUGCAGGCCAAGUACGAUCAGGCUAUGCGUGAUAAACAGACUCUGGUAGAAGAUGCAGAGGCUUGCAGGAGGAAGAUGGCCAAUGCAACGGCACUGAUCGAUGGUUUGGGAGGCGAAAAAGUAAGAUGGACUGAACAGAGCAAGAAAUUCGACCAGCAGAUUCAAAGGUUGGUAGGAGAUGUGCUGCUGGCCACCGGAUUUUUGUCAUAUUCUGGUCCGUUUAACCAGGCUUUCAGAACUCUGUUGUUAGACAACUGGAAGAAAGAAAUGAGAAAAAAGAAGAUUCCUUUCUCAGAGGAUUUGAAUCUUGUGAACAUGCUCACGGAUGCUGCUACCAUUGGCGAAUGGGCCCUCCAAGGAUUACCCAGUGAUGAGUUGUCAGUCCAGAAUGGUAUAAUAGUCACCAAGGCAGCUCGCUAUCCACUUCUUAUUGACCCCCAGGGGCAAGGAAAGGCGUGGAUUAGGAAGAAAGAAGGACCGAAUGAACUACAGGCCACUGCCCUUAACCACAAAUACUUCCGUACCCAUUUGGAAGAUUCGCUGUCCUUGGGAAGACCACUGAUCAUAGAGGAUGUUGGCGAGGAACUUGAUCCGGCACUCGAUAACGUACUGGAGAAAAACUUUAUCAAGUCUGGCAAAACGUUUAAGGUCAAAGUGGGAGACAAAGAAGUGGAUGUAAUGGAUGGUUUCCGUUUGUACGUCACUACCAAGCUUGGUAACCCCUCCUACACUCCUGAAGUUAGUGCCAAGACCUCCAUCAUCGACUUCACGGUUACCAUGAGUGGCCUGGAAGAUCAGCUGCUCGGUAGAGUGAUAUUAACAGAAAAGCAGGAACUGGAAGCUGAACGUACCAAGCUGAUGGAAGAAGUGACCGCUAACAAACGAAAAAUGAAGGAUCUGGAAGACAAUCUACUUUACCGACUCACUAGUACUCAGGGCUCUCUUGUGGAAGACGAGUCUCUGAUCCAGGUUCUAAGUGUGACAAAAACUACUUCAGAGGAAGUCAGUGAAAAGUUGCUGGUUGCAGCGGAAACAGAGGUGAAGAUCAACACUGCUCGUGAAGAGUACAGGCCAGUGGCCACACGAGGUAGCAUCCUUUACUUCCUGAUAGUCGAGAUGUCCUACGUGAACGUUAUGUACCAGACUUCUCUCAGACAGUUCCUGGGCUUGUUUGACAUUUCCAUGGCACGCUCUCAGAAGUCUCCGAUUCCCGCCAAGCGGAUCCAGAACAUCAUUGAGUACUUGACAUUUGAAGUGUUCCGUUACACGACGCGUGGUUUGUACGAAGAGCAUAAGUUCCUCUUCACUUUGCUGCUCACGCUGAAAAUUGAUUUGCAAGAGAGAAAGAUUCGCCACGACGAGUUUCAGGUUCUUAUCAAAGGUGGUGCUGCAUUGGAUCUGAACGCUGUGGAACCCAAACCAAAGAAGUGGAUCUUGGACAUGACUUGGCUGAAUCUUGUGGCCCUCAGUAAACUUCCUCAGUUUACUCAGCUCCUGGGACAGGUUGCGAAUAACGAGUCUGGUAAAGCCUGGAAGACCUGGUUUGACUCUGAAGCACCAGAAGAUGCACCAAUACCAGAUGGCUACCAGGGCUCUCUCGACACAUUUAGGAAACUUCUUCUUAUAAGGGCCUGGUGCCCAGAUCGUACCAUAAACCAGGCUCGGCGUUAUAUCACUGAUGCUAUCGGGAAAGAGUACGCUGAAGGAGUUAUUCUGAACCUGGAAGUCAUGUGGGAAGAGAGUGACAUUAGGACACCAAUGAUUUGCUUCCUGUCAAUGGGUUCUGAUCCUACAGCAUCCAUCGAGGCUUUGGCUAAGAAACAGAGAUUAGACUGCCGGGCCAUCUCCAUGGGACAGGGACAAGAGGUACAUGCACGGCGUCUAUUGGCACAGUUUAUGAACGAGGGAGGCUGGGUGCUAUUGCAGAAUUGUCAUUUGGGACUCAACUUCAUGGAUGAGUUGUUGGAGACGAUCACCACAACAGAGAAUGUCAACGAAAAGUUCCGUCUGUGGAUCACGACAGAAGUUCAUCCGAAAUUCCCGAUCACUCUUCUCCAGUCCUCUAUCAAGUUUACUAAUGAACCACCGCAAGGCAUCAAGGCUGGUCUGAAGAGAACAUACGCUGGAAUCUCACAGGAUCAACUUGAUGUAACUAACAUGCCACAAUGGAAACCAAUGCUGUAUGCAACAGCCUUCCUGCACACCAUUGUUCAAGAGCGACGCAAAUUUGGUCCAUUAGGAUGGAAUAUCCCUUAUGAGUUCAACUCUGCUGAUUUGACGGCCUCUGUGCAGUUCAUUCAAAAUCAUCUUGAUGAUAUUGAUCCAAAGGCGGGUGUUUCGUGGGUGACUGUUCAUUAUAUGCUGGGUGAAGUUCAGUAUGGCGGUCGUGUCACAGACGAUUUUGACAAACGUCUGCUGAACACCUACGCUCGUGUUUGGUUCAGUCAGGAGAUGUUUAAAGAAACCUUCAAGUUCUACCAAGGCUACAACAUUCCUCGCUGCGCACAGAUUGCAGAUUUUAAGGCUCACAUUGAUGAGAUGCCGUUGUCGGACACUCCAGAGGUGUUCGGUCUUCACACAAAUGCUGACAUCACAUAUCAAACCAAGACCACCUCGGAUGUUUUGGAGACCAUUGUGAACAUUCAGCCCAAGGACAGUUCUGGGGGGUCUGGGGAGACACGUGAAUCACUUGUGGCGCGUCAAGCUACAGAAAUGUUGGACAAGUUGCCUUCGGAUUAUGUUCCUUUUGAGGUUAAAGCACGCCUGCAGAAAAUGGGUGCUUUGACGUCCAUGAACAUAUUCCUCCGUCAAGAGAUUGACAGAAUGCAGAGGGUCAUAACAGCUGUGAGGAACACACUUGUUGACCUUAAGCUGGCCAUAGAUGGUACGAUCAUUAUGAGUGAAAACUUGAAGGAUGCUUUGGACAACAUCUAUGAUGCCCGUGUCCCUGCUCUUUGGAAAAAGAUCUCGUGGGACUCGACGACUCUUGGAUUUUGGUUUACUGAGCUGAUCGAGCGCAACAAUCAGUUCCAUUCCUGGUUAUUUGAAGGCAGACCUAGUGCGUUUUGGAUGACGGGAUUUUUCAACCCUCAGGGUUUCCUGACCGCAAUGAGACAAGAGAUCACGCGUGCGCAUAAAGGCUGGGCCCUCGAUAACGUUGCACUUGCCAAUGACGUCACUAAGAUGAUGAAAGAAGAUGUGUCGUCAUCGCCAGCGGAAGGAGUCUAUGUGCAUGGCCUGUUCCUGGAUGGCGCUGGGUGGGAUCGACGAAACUGCAGGCUCACGGAGCCUUACCCUAAAGUUUUGUUUACUGCCCUCCCUGUGGUGCACAUUUAUGCGGUUAAUACUGCCGCCUUGAUUAAGGACCUCAAAAAUAACCCAGACGCACUGAAAUUUUAUGAGUGUCCUGUGUACAAGAAGCCCAGACGUACUGACUUGACUUACAUUUUCUGCUUGAACCUGAAGACUUCACAGCAUCCUGAUCACUGGAUUCUUCGAGGUGUUGCUUUGCUGUGUGACACCAAGUAAUGUUGCGUGACAUUUAUCUGCGCUCUAAACGUAACCUGGACGUUGCGUUACACACCGUUCGUGCUUUUUUUCUUUUGGGGGGGGGGGGGGUAAAACUUUGUAAAACUCAACCAGAGGGAAUGGCACAUGUUUUAAGUGUUGUUUCUGCCUUUUUAAGUUCGGAUUGUUUUUUUAAAGUUAAGUUUGGAUUGCCUUUAAAGUUUUGGCAUGAUCAGUGAGAAAAAGUUUGUUUAAGUCUAUUUUUGGUGUUACAAUGUAGAGAUCGGUUCUAUUUUUUGAUACAUACUCAAAGUGUGAUAAAGUAAUGAAUUAGUCGUGUGCGUUCUACGACAGUUGUACGCAUUAGAUGCUUUUAUUGUUCUAUGUAAGGAAGAGUGGAUUUAUUUAUAUUUAUUCAAAAGAAGUGUGAAUGGCAAUAAAGUUAAGUGAGUAAUCUUA